AUGCUCGGCAUCACCGAUGGACAUUGUUCUUCCAUGUUCGGCUCUCUCUUGAUUGCCACCUUCAAUACCUUCGACAGCAUUCCUUCGCUGUCCUCGAGUCAUCUGAACGCCACAAUCAAUGACCACAUCCGGAAUGGACGUUUACUCGAUGCCUGGAAACUGUUCGAUGAAAAUCCUCAAUGCCGGAACGUCUGUUCCUGGAAUUCGAUGAUGAAUGGGUACAUCCGGCACGAUCGAAUUCGAUGCGCGCGUCGACUGUUCGACGAAAUGCCCGAGAGAGAUGUCGUUUCUUGGAACACCAUGUUGGCGGGUUUCCGUCGGGCUGGUGAUUCAGAGCAAGCCAUUCAACACUUCCUGCAAAUGGAGAGAGUGGGAUUGAGGUCCACAGAAUUCACGUUGUCGACGGUGAUUAGCGUAGCUUCCGAGGCUGGUUGUGUAAUUUUGGUCCCACAGCUUCAUGCUCGUGCAAUCCGUUUAGCAUUUGAAUCGAAUGCAUUUGUAGGAACGGCCUUGAUUGGAGGUUAUGCGAAUUUGGACGAUUGCAUUGCUUUACACCAAGUGUUUGAUGAGGUUUCGUUGAAAACUGUUGCCUUGUGGAAUUCAUUGAUUUCAGGUUAUAUGGAUUUGGGAUUCGUGGGCGAGGCUCGUGCUGCUUUUGAGACAAUGCCAGAACGGAAUAUAGUUUCUUGGACUAGUUUGGUUAAUGGGUAUGUUUGCAAUAGGAUGCUGGAUGAAGCUAGUUGCUGCUUCAAUAGAAUGCCUGAACGAAAUGUGAUCUCAUGGACUGUGAUGAUCAGUGGGUACGAGCAAAAUGGGCGGUUCUUUGAAUCUCUAGAGUUGUUCCUCUCAAUGCGUGAAUCGGGAAUUCAGCCAAACCAGUCUACUCUCUCUGCUGUAUUGAGUUCUUGUGCUGGGUGCUCAUCUCUUCUCAUUGGCAGACAAAUCCAUGUGUGCAUCUUGAAAUCAGGUCUGCCGGUUGAUGUGGUCUUAUCAAGCUCUCUUGUUGAUAUGUAUGCAAAAUGUGGGGAUGUUGAUGCAGCAGUUCACAUUUUCGAGUCCAUGGAGAACAAGAACUUGGUCUCAUGGAAUUCGAUAAUAGGAGGUUAUGCGAGACAUGGCCUCAGUGCGAGAGCAUUGGAGCAGUUCAAGAGAAUGACAGAAGAUGGCCCCAGACCUGAUCACAUCACGUUCGUCAGUGUGUUAUCAGCAUGUGGCCAUGGUGGAUUGGUGGUAGAAGGUGAAAGAUACUUCGCGUCAAUGGAGGGAGAGUAUGGCAUCAAAGCAGGGAUGGAACAUUACACAUGUAUGGUGGAUCUCUACGGCCGAGCAGGCCACCUAGAUAAGGCGGUGAAGUUCAUAGAAACAAUGCCGUUUGAGCCCGAUGUGGUCAUAUGGGGCUCAUUGCUUGGUGCUUGUGGUGUGCAUUCGAGCUUGGAAAUUGGGUCACAUGCUGCGAAGUCAAUACAUAGCUUGGAGCAAGACCAUCCAGCUAUCUAUAUGUUGCUGUCGAAGAUUCAUGGCGAUAGAGGAGCGUGGGACAAAGUAAUUGAAUUGAGGGAGAUGAUGAAGAAGAUGGGAGCUAAGAAGCAAAAGGGAAGUAGUUGGGUUGAAUCCUCCUUUGGUUACAUCUCUGAUGAUCAAGCUCCAUAUAUCCUAACAUGCCUAGUGUCUGCCCCUCCUUUACUCGGUCUUGCGGCCAGCUGGUGCACUUCUUCCAGGUGGGUAAGAGCGAGUGAUACUAAUCAAGAUUCGGGGGAAGAGCCAGACGUGCUUUGGAGAGAUGUAAUAUCCGGAAAAUAUGGUGCAUUGGACAGAGGAUGGUUUCAGGUAUUGGAAAUGGUUCGAGGGGCUCAGUGGUGUGGAGGGAAAUUGGCAAUGUGGGCAGACGAUAUGAUGAUCACAAUAGGUUAUUGCCGAAUAUUGUUGGGAAGGAAUUUAGAAAGGCAGACAACAGUAUUUGCGGUUGGGAAAGGCGAAAGUGUUGUUUUUGGAGGGAUGCCCGGUUAG